UCUAACGCGACGAGUCUGUCCGCAGAUGCUGCUGCUGAAACUGAGCUAGAGCUGGGGAUUAUUGCACAAGUCAGAGUGCUGGCUGGUGGCGAGUGUGUGGCUUUUCACCCACACUCAGUACUUUUCAUCUCUCGCUCUUCUUUCAUAUACUGUUGCUUUCUUAUUGAGUGACACGCGGACUAUGAAAAAUAUGACUUUCCGACGCGUAAAGAAGCUGAACUCAAACAAGCCGGACAGCGGGUCGCUGUGUCACGACAGUGGGGAGAUCUACUUUACGUCUUCCAAAUCGGACAGCUGUGGGACUGUGGAUCGUGGACCCUCAAACUCCACUGAGGUUUAUAAUUAUAAGACCCUCGCUUACUCUGGAGGGACCCUACCAAGGAACUUCAAAAAGAAUGGUGGGCUGCAAAAGUGGAAGCCCCUUUCACACUCUCCAGAACCACAAAGGAAAACAGUGACCCUGAUGAAGAAAGAGGAGGAGGCCUUUGGCUUUGAGAUCCAGACAUAUGGGCUGCAUCACCAGAGUGAGAACUCAGUGGAGAUGUGCACCUUUGUUUGCAAAGUCCACGAAGACAGUCCUGCCCAACUUGCAGGCCUUAAAGUCGGUAAGUGUGCUCACAUUAACACCACCCUUUAUGUUUGCUCCCGCUCUAAACCAGCAUUUGACACAGAGGCUAGAAUAUUCAGAGUGGUCCUUGGGGUCACAAGGAGUGCGCUAGAAACCGUCUAUAGUGACUCUAUACGAAAAGCAGAAUUGGAAGCCCGACUGCAGUAUCUAAAGCAAACCUUGCAUGAGAAAUGGGAUGAAUACAGAUCUCUAAUGGUGCAGGAGCAGCGGCUUGUGCAUGGCAUCGUCAUGAGUGAUGUGGCUGUGUAUGAGUCUCUGGAGUCAGCCGGUUUAUACGGUAGUCUGGGAGCUCCGAGCCCCGCAGCCAUGCGUGCGUUAUGUGGCACCGGGAGCACGGGCAGCAGCAUCAGCCAUCUUAGUGCUGCCACAACUGAGGAUGACCCACUCUACCAAACCUGCAUCUUCCAGGGGGAGCGUUCCAACAACGCCAGCAACGACGAGCUCGACUCAAACCAAGAGAAGACUCAAAGCGGCCGUCCACGCCUCAUCCGACCCGCCAGCGAGCUCUUCGCUACUGCCAAGACCACCUUGACCCGCAGCGCCAGCACACGCAGUUACCUGAGGGGCCCGCCGUCGUCAUCCUCGGUGCCUAACGGAGAGAAACAGCAGUGCGGAGGGUUCAGCACACUGCAGCGCAAACCCAAACAGAAGAGCUUCAGGCGGAGGCUGUUGAAGUACAUUCCCGGACUAAACCGACCCCUGGAAGAGGAGGAAAGCAAACUGUGAGAAACAAAAGCGAACUGAGAAUUCAAAGACUCCCUUUGCCAAAGACUAAAUGUUUAAAAUGAGCGAAAAGGAAACUGAAGACCAAAAGUGGACACCAAGAUAAACCAAAGAAUCCAGUGAUGAUAAAACAGUGUUUUCAUCUUGUUUUCUGAGAAAAAUUGAGAGCCUGUUUGGUCAAGUUGGUAAUAAUUUUAAGUGUGCCAAAAGCAUCUGAAUACAAAACAUUAGCUUAAGAUUGGAUGGGCAAUUUAAAUAUUAUUUUAGACUUGAAGUAUUCAGAUUAGUCUAAAAUGCUGAAAGUAGAUGUGGAUGUCUGUUUGUCGCUGGAAUAUUGUUUAAAAUUCUGUAACAAAUAAUAUAACAGUUAACAAGACCCAAAAAUGUGGACCAGUGUGUCUUAUUCACUUUGUCAACUCCUUUAACUAGUUUAACAUUGUCUAACUUUAUUUCCUGGUGCACAUUUUGCACCUAAAUCAAGAAGCAA